AUGACAAGCUCUUCAAGUAAGAACGAUCUAACAUUCACUCUACAUUAUUGGCCAGUCAUUCCUGGCAGAGGAGAAUUCAUUCGAUUGGCUUUUGAAUGUGUACAGCAUCCUUACAAGGAAAACAACAAGUCGGCUACUGAAGCAUUUCCAGCUCAUUUCGCUGUUCCAUUGCUAGAGAUUGGCAAUGUACCCAAUCUUCAAGAUUCAGCAAGUAGCAAUAAAUCACAAAAGACACAAGAGGGUCAAGAUGCAAAAUCAACAUCUGCUAACAAAUCCGGUCAAUCAGUCUUUAUCAGUCAAACAGCGGUAAUUCUAUCUUACCUGGCUCCAAUUUUAGGCUUGGACGGUGUCAAUUCCCUCCAAGAGCAAGAUCCGCAAUCGAUCGCAAUUCGUCAAGCUCAAGUCUUACAAUUGACAGCAACGGCAUUGGAUCUGAACAACGAAGUUCACGAUACCCAUCAUCCCGUAGCAAGUAGCGAAGUAUACGAAGAUCAAAAGGACGAAGCAGCAAGGAGAACGGCAGAUUUUCGUAAGAACCGUCUUCCGAAGUUCUUCACACAUUUCCAAACUGCUUUACAGAACAAUCCUGCCAAUUCAGGCUGGCUUAUUGGCAAGGAGGUCACAAUCGCUGAUCUGACUUUGUACCAGGUCUUGGACGGUCUUCAUUUCGCUUUCCCAAAACGUAUUGCCGCCCUAAAGAAACAAGGUGAAUAUGAAGACCUAUUCAAACUUCAUCAAAAGGUUGCACAACUACCAAACAUUGCCAAGUAUCUCGACAGUGACAGACGCAAAGCGUACAGUAACGGCGUUUUCCGUCACUAUCCAGAGCUAGAUGGCGAUGAUUAA